AUGAGCGGUAACAAAAGCGUGUUGGGAGACUGCCGCUUUUACGAGCAAAAGUUCCCCAAUCCCGGGGACCUGUUGAUGGUCAAGGUGAACCGCAUCGAGGCCCAGGGCGUAUACGUCUCUCUUCUGGAAUACGAUGAGCGGGAAGGCCUGAUCCUUCUGAGCGAGUUGUCGAAGCGUCGCUACAGGAGUAUCAACAAGCUGGUGAAGGUGGGCAGACAUGAGGUGGUCCUGGUCCUUCGCGUGGACCCCGUCAAGGGCUACAUCGACCUGUCCAAGCGCCGAGUGUCGCCUGAGGACAUCAUGAAAUGCGAGGAGAAAUUUUCCAAGGCCAAGAAGGUGCACCAGACGGUUAGACACAUUGCGCAGAAGCACAACAUAUCGGUUGAGGAGCUGAACCGCGUCUGCAUCUGGCCGUUAUAUCAGCGCUACCCCAGCGCUCUCGACGCGCUUAAAGAAGCCGCUAUGAACAACGGCGCCAUGUUUAAGGGCUUGCCCAUAGCCCCUGAGAUCAUCGACUCUCUUAUCGCGGACAUUGAACUUCGCCUCACUCCACAGGCGUUGAAGUUGAGGUGCAUGAUUGACGUUUGGUGUUUCGGGCCUGACGGUGUCGAGGCCGUCAAGCGUGCGCUGAGCUGCGCUACGGGCACCGAGGAGAUCAAGAUAAACGUCAAGCUCAUCGCACCACCCCAGUACGAGGUCGUGACCAGCUGUCACGACAAGGACAAGGGCAUUGACAUAAUGACCAAGGCGCUGGAAGAGAUUUCCGAGACCAUCCACUCCUUCCCCGGCGGCGAGUUCAAGCAGCGCGGCGAAAUCAUGGUGAUGGGCGACGAGGAUGAACGUCACCUUGAGAGCCUGCUCGAAGGCCAGGAGAGCAGCGACGAGGACGAGGAAGGCUCCGACGAAAGCGAGGAGGAGGACGAGGGUAUGGGUCGCGUGGACGAAUCCAUGCUACCUCCGGACGCUGUCGAAAACGCAGGCGACUCUGAUUCAGACUGA